AUGAUCAAGGAAAUUUCUUAUUUGGGAGGAAAAGACUUAAAGGAAACAGUUAAAUUUAUAUUAAAAAAAAUACUUAGUAAGGAAGUCUCCAUACAAUUCAGUGAUAAAGGAAAGAAAGGAAAAAAGGAUUUCUCAAAACUAAAAGUCUGCAAAGCAUUGAAAGAUGUGAUAAAACAUAAAUUUAAAGAAACCACUGAAACCGACAUAUAUGCAUCCAUCAGCUAUGUUUUAGCAGGAUCUAGGGACUGGGAGGAAGGCCGAAAAGCUCGACAAAGCAGUAAGCUUUUCAUAUUAUUACUGAAAUUAUUUACUGAAUAUUAUUACUGA